AUGACCGUGGGAUCUAGGAAGUCGAGAGAGAGAGAGAUUUCAGUUCGAGAGAUGGCUCGUACCAAGCAAACUGCUCGUAAGUCUACUGGAGGAAAGGCUCCCAGGAAGCAACUUGCUACUAAGGCUGCCCGUAAGUCUGCCCCAACCACUGGUGGAGUGAAGAAGCCUCACCGAUACCGCCCUGGUACUGUUGCUCUUCGUGAAAUUCGCAAGUAUCAGAAGAGUACUGAAUUGUUGAUUAGGAAGCUGCCUUUUCAGAGGCUUGUUCGAGAAAUUGCCCAGGACUUCAAGACUGAUCUGCGUUUCCAGAGCCAUGCUGUUUUAGCACUUCAGGAGGCUGCAGAGGCUUACCUUGUUGGUCUAUUUGAGGACACCAACCUGUGUGCUAUUCAUGCCAAGCGUGUUACUAUCAUGCCUAAGGACAUCCAGCUCGCUCGUAGGAUUAGGGGUGAGAGGGCUUAG